AUGACGGUACAAAACUUCCCCACGUGUCUUCAAUAAAAAAAGUGACCAGAUUCACUGUACUAGUCACCCCUUAGUUACCAACUUACCAUUUUCUUGGACCAAAUUCACCUCAGACACUCUAUAAAACCCGACCCAAAAUCGUCAAUCAUUCAUCAACUUUCACAAAUAAUUUUUCACUUAUCAAUGGCAGAAGCAAUUCAACCCACCAACCUUUUCUCUUCAAAGAAACGAACCAACCCCGACGACUCCAAUCGCGACGACGAUAAUUUCGUCGCAAAAAAACCCGCAACAAAACCCUCAUGGGAAGACCCAGCAUCAGCCUUAGCCAAUGCUCGUCACGAGUUCGGCGAACACGGCGGCGUUAACAUGUCCAUCGAAGCCUCCGCCACCUUCACCGUCAUGGAACCGGAGACUCUCAGCCGCAUGUUCGCCGGAGAGUUAGGCCCAGAUCGCGACUUCUUCAUCUACAGCCGCCAUUUCAACCCGACAGUGCUCAACCUCGGACGCCAGAUGGCGGCGUUAGAGGGAACUGAAGCGGCGUAUUGUACGGCUAGUGGCAUGUCGGCUAUAUCGUCGGUUUUGUUGCAGCUUGUUAGUAGUGGGGAUCAUGUGGUGGCGUCACAGACGCUUUACGGUGGAACUCAUGCGUUACUUACGCAUUUUCUUCCUAGGUCGUCGAAUAUUACGACGUCGUUUGUUGAUAUUAGGGAUUUGGAGCAGACUAAGGCGGCGAUUGUUGAAGGGAGGACUAAGGUUUUGUACUUUGAAUCUAUGUCCAAUCCUACGUUGACUGUCGCUAAUAUUCCGGAGCUUUGUAGAAUUGCUCAUGACAAAGGUGUGACUGUGGUGGUUGAUAAUACUUUUGCCCCGAUGGUCGUUUCUCCGGCGAGACUUGGUGCUGACGUUGUGGUUCAUAGUAUCUCGAAGUAUAUUAGCGGUGGUGCCGACAUAAUUGCCGGGGCUGUUUGUGGUCCAGCUAGUUUUGUGAACUCACUGAUGGACCUUCACCAAGGGGCCCUAAUGCUACUAGGCCCAACAAUGAAUGCCAAGGUUGCUUUUGAGUUGUCUGAGAGAAUCCCUCACUUGGGCCUCCGGGUCAAAGAGCAUUGCCAUAGGGCUUUAGUCUAUGCCCAAAGAAUGAAGAAAAUGGGCCUCAAGGUCAUCUACCCGGGCCUCGAAGACCACCCUGAUCACCAUCUUUUGAAGUCCAUCUCGAACAAGGAGUAUGGUUACGGUGGGAUGCUUUGCUUGGACAUGGAAACCGAAGCCCGAGCUAAUAAGCUGAUGAAUCUGUUGCAGAACCAGACCCAAUUUGGGCUCAUGGCGGUUAGUCUUGGCUACUAUGAGACCCUCAUGUCUUGUUCGGGUAGCAGCACAAGCAGUGAAAUGAACCAAGACGAGAAGGCGCUGGCUGGAAUUUCACCUGGCUUGGUUAGAAUGUCGAUCGGGUACAGUGGGACCCUUGAACAACGAUGGGGUCAGUUUGAGAAGGCUCUCUCGAGACUUCAAGAUUCGAGCUUGUUCUCGAAGAAUUGAGAUUUUAAUAUGAAUGUAAACAAUCUCAGUUCUUAAUUAUGCUUCAUGUUGGACUGUAUUAAUGUUUGAUCAGUGUCUUAAACUAAGCCCAUAAUGUUUAUGUUUUUAGUCUAUGUGCAUUGUAUUGAUGAAAGGGUUGCUUAGUUGUGACCAUUCUGUUUGGCAUUAGAUCAUCAAUGAUAUAAGUUCGUUUCUUAAUUUUC